CUGGAAGGUUCCGUGCCUUUAAUGUGUCAUGGGAGACCCCAAAAGUGUCAUGGGAGGCCCCAAAAAUGGCCUGGCCCACAAGGACGAGGAGUGGUUCCGCUCCAAGUACCACCCGGACGAGGCCGGGCGGCGGCAGCAGGAGGCGCAGGCGGCGCUCAGGAACCGCCUGGGGGUGUUCCUGUACCUGUGGGAGCACGGCUGGCUGGAGAACCUGCUGCUGGACAUUGACCGCGCCCCGCAGAUCGUCAAAACACUCGAUGCAGCGGUGAUCAAGAUGGAGGGGGGCACGGAGCACGACCUGCGCAUCCUGGAGCAGGAGGAGGAGGAGGAGCGCCCCGACAAGGCCGAAGGCCCCAAGAAGGAGGAGCCGAGGGCCCCGGAGCCGCCCGGGAAGGGCCCGGCCGAGCGCCCCGAGGGCGACGCCGGCGCCAAG